GACGGUUAUGCGUCGUGGUUCUUCUCUGCAAUCAGCCGGCACUGCCGUUCACAGCCUCCGCACCGUUAGACGACCCUUCUCGCAGAUCGAUUCCAGCGAAAUUAGUGGAAGGACGGACGCGAUUUUUCGCUUAUUUUCGUUUGCUAUAUACGUAGUCGUUAAUCGUAUCUAUUUAAGGUUCUCACGCGUUAUGAAGGAACGUUGAGGACCGCAUAUUUCGAAGAGCCCCGUUGAAGUGCUUUUUCCUUCAAGGGAUUUCGAUCAAGGACGAAUUCGAAGAUAACACCUUUCGAGGAUCGUUGAUCGGCUUACGAGAACAAGCAUCUGUAAAAGAAAUAUAACUGUGAGAAAGAGAGAGGGAGAGAGGGGGAGAGAGAGAGAGAGAGAGAGAGAGAGAGGACGAUACAUUUGCAUCUUUAAACGAUUAAUUGAAAUCUUUCGAAUUUACUUGUAGUAUACGAUCGUUGAAAUUUCUCGAAUUAGGUCAAAGUUCUUUUAAGAAGUCUAUUUCUAUCUGAGAGAUUUGUUGGUAAUAAACGAGAAAGAGAGAGAAAAGUUGGAAAAAGAAUUUGAUUAUUUUGACUUACGUAUAUAACGACGAUUUAUAUAGCUAUUUCAAAAAGGAACGUGUUUAUUUGAUAACAUCGAUUUACGUGCCGCUCGAAGAAGAACGAUACUUGAUUCAUUUUGAUUAAAUACUAGGCUUCAAUAUGUGGAAGAGCUGCGCCAAGAAAGAAGGAAGAAACAAAACUUAUUCGAGGAACGACGAGGACGUAACGAUGGUGAUACCAUCUUUUAACGCUAUUAGUAACUUUUUACAUUAACGAAAUAUAUGUACUCAAAAUCUAAUUCUCAUGUCGUAUUCCCAUUGUCGCUUAAAAGGUUAUGCGAUAGAAAAGAAAAAAGGAAAGAAAAUUGAAAACACAUUUUCUUUCUUUUUUACUCUUUUCGAUUCUGACACUUACAGUGUUUUCUACAAACGCUCUUCGAUUGUUAAAUAACACGAAUACGUUAUAUUAUUUUGGAAGAUGACGAUCGUGUUAAUUAGCGCGAAGAUUGCUUGAAAUAGCUCGUAAAAUAUUUCAAGAGUAACUUCAAACGAUUCAAUCUCUAUUGGAUAAGACGUAAUAAUUUCAACUUACAAGAUACGACAGUGUCGUUGAUCGUUACAUUUCGUAGACCAUAACGACGUUGACAUUCUUCGAUGAAACAACGUUACGUCAAAUUCCCGCUCGUUAGUUUCGAAUGUUACGAAGGUGGCAGCACCAGUAUUGGUGUUACACAAUCGCCAUCUGUCAACGCAAUUCAUCGAACGGAUAAUGUAACGCGAAGAUUGAAUAAUAUAUAUAUAUAUAUAAUGUAUUUGUGUGUGUAUAUAUAUAUAUAAAAUUGUAAUUUUUCAUAGCAUUAACAAUAACGAAAACAUUAUUGAAUAAAAAUAGUUAUAAAUUUAUUAAAUCAAAUCGUACGAGACAUGACGUACAACAAAAGUAGAUCGUUAGAUUUUUAUUGAUUUUCGCACAUGACUUCUAUUGUAAUAGUUUUGUAGUAAACGGUACGUUACUAUGUAUUUUCUUUUAAGAACACAAAUACGUUCGCGAUUACAGUCUCGACCUGUAAAUAUUUCAUUAUCCUUACGUUGACCUCGUUUUUAUUAUUUCAAAGCUAUUUUUUUUUUCUUUUUCUUCCAUCAUUUCACGAUUUCAAUAAAACCAUGCUAUAGUUAUUAUCGUACAAGGAAAAAUCAAUUCGUAGAGAAUAGAAAUGUAUUAUGCAGUAAUGUUUACUCGUCAAAGCCGAUUUCACGAAAGGAGUAUAAUUUUUUAUGAACAUGGAUGAUAAUCGACAAGCUUUAACUGUGCAAUGUGCGUUUUACUACAUCAUUGACGAUCACAAAUAAAUGGAUAGGUCGUUACGAGUUAUAGUUUGUUCAUAAUGUGAGCAUGUCUGGAAAAGAAGGCGGUGGAGAUAAACGAUUUAACAACGUAGAUUAUACACUGCUACCUGAAACUGACGACUAUGCAGAUUCACAGUUUAUGAAUCCACCGGCGAAAAUACCAUGGAAACCCAUCUCGUUAGCUGUUAUUCUAAUUACGGAAGGAUUUAUUCUGUUCAUAAUGGCAAGUUUGAUCGUAUGUGGGUACAUUGAUGCCAAGUAUUCUGAUCAAAUAUGGCUGCUGAUUUUUAUAGGAAUAGUGAAGUUUAUACCUGGGAUUUACCAUACGAGACUUGCUAUUUUAGCUUAUAAAAAAGUACCUGGUUAUUUUUUUGAAGAUAUGACUGAAUUUGAUUAAGUUAAACAUAUGUAUAUAAUUAUUCACAUCCCUACAUCUAUCUUAACGUAUAAACCAUGUUUUAUAUAAAGAAAAAUAUUAUAAUCUCAUAAUGAUUUUAUCAUACUUCUAACGUAAUAUGAACCAUGUUUGAUUUUUAUAUUUUUUUAAAUACUUAUUUUAAAUAAAAAAUUCCCUGUACAUUUAUGUAAACUAAAUAAUUUCUUUUGCAUUGAAGAUUAAAUCUUAUUUUGAGUUAAA